ACUAUCUGUAAGUGAUACCCUCCCACCACACGAACAGCUGACUGGAGUUGUCUGCACUAGUGAACGAGAACAGUCCAAUUGUUAACGGAGUUCUGUUUUCAGUACCUUCCAAGAUGCCACUGACUCUAUAUUUCAUCCCGCCCAGUCCACCAGCUCGCUCCGUGGACCUGGUGAUACACGCUUUAGGGCUGACUGCUGAGUAUAAGAAUGUCGACUUGAGGGAAAAAGAACAAUUCACUCCAGAGUUCUUAAAGUUGAAUCCAUUACAUACAGUCCCAGUCAUUGACGAUGAUGGUUUCAUUCUGUGGGAAAGUCGAGCUAUCAUGGCCUACCUAGUGUCCAAAUUUGCUGAAGAUGACUCUUUGUAUCCUAAAGACCUGCAGAAGAGAGCAAUUGUAGACCAAAGGCUGCACUACAGCAAUGAUGUGUUCUAUCUUAUUAGGGAAAUAGCAAGAUCCUUAAUUUAUCUCAACGCGUCUGAAAUAACCGAGGAACAGAUGCAGAAAGUAAAAGACGCUCAGGACAAUAUCGAGAAACUACUAGCUGGUCAAACUUUCAUGGCAGGAGAUCAUCUUACAUUGGCUGACUAUAGUUAUGUCACACUGGUCGAUGUGUUAGAGGUAUACAACCCUUCUGAUGAACAUCCUUUGACAAAAGCUUGGUUCGUUCGUUGCGAGUCGUCCAUGAAAGACUUUGAAACCACAAACAAACUAGGAGCCGACCUGCUCAAGAGCUUCAUCAAAGAGAAACUUGACCAGAUAAAGGAAUAAACUCAUCUUACUACUUACCUAUACCUACGUACGUUAUUGAACAAGAAUCUAUCAGCUGAUCAUAGUGUGUGUCCAUGUAGAACAUGUGUUAGUAACGAAAAUCACAUGUU